AACUGAGACAUUGAGAUGAGCAAUUAGUUAGCACUCGAGAAAGCAACUGGAAUAAGAUGAAAUUGUUUACACGCAUUCUACUGCUCGCCGUCACAGUGCUGGGCGCCAGCGCCUGGCCCCGCUCGGCCGACGAGACGACUCUGCUUCGCAUGGUGAUGACACAGCUGGGCGUGCCGCUAGCUCAGCCGCGCGCCCUUGCGUCGGCUGGUGAGGCGGCCUGCUUCAAUCGGUAUACCAAUGCGACCAGCAAGAUCGGCGCGGAUUUGGCCAGCAAAACCACCAAGUGCGAGGAUGCCGCCAAUCGCACCGUCAAGGAGAAUAUCCAGCACAGCAAUGCCACCGUCAACACCAUACGCAGCCAGCAAAUCGAGCUGCAGAAGAACCUGCAAAGGUGCCUGAAUGAGACGGACAGCCAGCGCUUCAUCAACUGCACCGUGGCUACACUGGAUAAGAAUCUGGAGCUGCUAGAUAGCUGCAACACCUUGGCUUAUCAGACCCAAUCGCAGUUUGUUUCGAAUGCCUCUGUGGUGGAGACUCAGCGCUCCAGCUGCAUACGCGCCGCCGUCGGCGAAUCGAAGGUGAAGUCCAUUGAGGCAGCCAACGACUUUGAUAACUGCAUGAUCAAGGUGUCGCAUCAGCGUGAGCUGCCCGCCCAGCUGGAGGAGCAGCAGCCGGAGCAGAAGCAGCUUCAGCAGCAACCAGAGCAACAAGUGGAACAGAAACCUGUGCAGCCAUUCGAGCAGCAGCCCGAGCAGCAGUUCGCUCAGCAGUCCGUGGCCGUGUGA